AUGAGCAGCGAGGACGCAGUGGAACUAGAAAGAUUUCAGAAACCCUCGAAGCUGGAAGAAGCCCGUUCAGUAAAAACCCUUAACAGUGCUGCUGGGCUCGAACAGAAAACUGUUUCUUCGGUGACAGUUAAGGAUGCUGCCGAAAAAAAUUCGUCUACAGACGAAGCAUCAGAUGAACGAACAGAUGGGAGGAAUCGAAAAAGCGAGAGUCAUGCCGAUCGUGAAGAAAUCUCCACAUCAUCUGCAAGCAGUAGUGAAGUAGUAGUCCCCGAUGCUGUGGCCGAAAAACAGCAAGAAAUGUCAAUUCCCAGAAAACGAUCGUUUCCGGAUCUCACGGGAGAAGUCGAAGCAACAGCCGAAGGUUUUUAUUAG